GCCCGUGUGAACACGGUGCUUAGAAGGGUUUUAGUUGUAUGUGACUUUAUAUUCGAGUUUGUUCUUCAGAUCGCGCCGCAGAGUUGUCAAGUACCGAAGGGCUAUAAAAGCUGGUACAAAAUGGCUGGAAUAAAUGUACUUUUUGGGGCGAUGAGGUUGAAUGCACGGCAUGUCCUUCAAUCAGCGCCGUUGGUUAUUUCACAACAACCGAGGAGGACCACUGUCAUUUUGAGAAGAGAAAAACAACCCGGACUCGCAAAGAUUGGCAAGCCUCCAAAGCUGAAAAAAAAACACAAAGUCUACCAAUUGGUGAAAGAUACAAAGACAGAGAAACAACCGAAUAUGCAGCUUAUACUUAUUAAAGACACAGAAAAAUAUGGCUCUAUCGGUGACAUCAUCAGUGUGUCUAAAAGAAUAGGGCGUAAUGCUCUCCUUGCUAAAGGCCUUGCUGUUUAUCCAACCGAAGAAAAUGUCAAGGAAUAUUGUUUACCAAAAAAGGUUGAAGAUGAAGUCACUGGAGAAGUUAAAUUAUCACGUAUGGCCGUAAGGACUAUCGAAUAUCUUGAAAAGAACCCUGUGGUUCUGGAAAUGAGGUACAAUAUUCCAUUUAAAAUAGAAAAAUUCCACGUCGUUGACGCCUAUGAAUUCAAACUUGGUGUAAUUGUCCCAGAGUACGCUUUGACGUUACCAGAUGAACCAAUCACAAGGUUUGGAGAGUAUCCAAUCAAAGUAACUAUGAAUGGCAAAGAAGAAGUGGAAACAACUCUCAUCGUCAAAAGUUAUGUCAUAAAACGCAAAGGACGAUCGUUAGAAGCCUACCUCGAAAGAAUGAAAAGAAUUCAAGAGAAAGAAGAAGAGAGUCGAGGGACUGACCCAGAGUGAAAAUCCCGCAGUUCAAUCCAGAAGUCCCAGUUAGAAGAUGUUUUCCUCGCUGGAUAUUAGUGUAUCUAUCCAUCUUACUGAGAUGCACAGUAUUAAUAUGCAUGAAAUUGGACAUAAUCAUGUUUGGAGAAAUUAAACAUGACUGUGUUCUGACAUUCAUCCAAGAGAUAGACCACAGAGAGAUAUAGACACUCAUGUAAACAAUAAUUUCAAUUUUAAGUUAGUAAUCUUCUGUGUGUCGGUAACUUUGAAUUAAAUUUUUUGACAA